AUGUGCACCCCCUGGCAGAACGCCCUCAAGGACCAAUGCAACUGGCUAGACGAAGGCGAACUGGAGAGACUCACCCAAACAGUCCACGUGCAGUACGCAUGCCAAUAUUUGGUAAAAACGAAUGGCAGCUUCUUAACCAAAGGGGAAUCGAUUUUCUUCCUCGUGGGUAGAAGCCACUUUGGAGUUGCGUCCACCAGCAGGUAUGCAAAAAAUAUGGCUGCACAAAAUAGGGCUGCUAAAUUUCAGGGGACUCAGAAAAACCCUAGUAAGGUUAAGCUGAAGAAAAAAGACAGCAGGCGUGACCCUCUGGCAAGUGCUUCCAACGCCACACAGGAGGAGAGCUUCCCGUACCUCAUUCUCAUUUGUUCCGUCUGCAUCAAGCGGGGUGGAGGCAGCUCCGAGGUGGCACUCCCUCCGGGCGAUUACAAAACGGAAUAUUCGCCGAAUGGACCAAACGUACGAAGCAGCAGCAACGAAUGUACCCCUUCAGGUGAUGCACUUGUAGGGCGAAGUGAGGAAGCCCUAUCUGACGGGCUGCACACAUUUUGCUUUUCUUUUUUUUCCUGCAAAGGGGGAAGGAGGAAAAGGCGCGCAGGGGGAGACCCCGUGGUGCGAAAGAGGAGCGAGGAAAAGCGGCCCAUCUUCAGCCACGUUGUUAAUCCCCAAGGGGGGCUUCUCAACUUGUUAACAUCUAAACUGGGCAGCGUCCCAGGAGUAGUCGCCGAUGGAAGUGUCAUCCGUGGCGGUGGUAACUCCGGUCUGCAUGUGGGGCUCUCCCCCAGGGACAUCCUCAACUGCGAGUGCUUUGUCAGGAAAAUAGGCGAAGAGAGACUCACACGAAUUGAGGAUGCAAAGGGGGGAGAUAAAUCGGACAGGGAAAGAAACCCCCCCCUCCGAGUCCUCCCUCCAAACCUUUUUCUAAACAACAGCGGGUACGACGAAUGGGGGGACUACCCCUUUGAUGAAGAAAUUCGCAAAAGGGAUAUACACCUGAGGGUGGGUUUGGAACAUUUUUUCCUUGUGUAUGUGAAGCGCAGAAGGAGGGGCGAUUUCUCCGUUGAGUGGCUCUUGGGGGGAAAAAACAAAACAAAAAAAGGGGAAACCUCAAAAGGGGCAAAAAAAUCGGAUAACACACAAAAUGGAAGUAAUUCGCCGCAUUUGCCAAGUGAAGAAAAACUGAUUAGCUGCUCCUUUAUGAGUGUAGAAGAAUAUCUUGAAAGAAAAUUAAAAAUGAAAAUGGCGUUUUUAAAAAAGAAGCUGACCAUAGGGGGGGAAUGCCCGGUAAAGGUGCUGCUAAAAUAUACAGUGACGAUCCCCCAAGUGGGGAACCUACGUGCGCCGCUUUUUUAUGUAAUUCAUAAAGUGAACGAGUUAAAGGUUAUGCCCCAUUUGGACCUAUACAUUUGCAAUGUGACUAAGUGGAGGGGAGGCAAAAAAAAAAAAAAAAAAAAAUCGAAAAGAAAUGAGGAAAACAUGGAGGAGCAGGAGAAAGAAGAGGAAGAAGAAGACGAUGGAGAAGACGAAGAUGACCCCCGCGACGGAGUGAAAACCCCUUUUUACAAAAUUUCGAUGGAAAAUUUCAUUCACAAAAUUGGCAUUCCUCCAUGCGAUAAGGACGCCGAUGAGGCGAAGGACGAAUGCACCUACCUCUUCCUCGUCGUGCCAAAAAAGGUGGAGAGGCUAAUCGGAAGGGACCUCCAUUUUGAGAUAGCCGUUGCUGCCCCGCCUGGCGAGAAAGACGCCUCCAGUGAAGAGCACACGAAGAGAAAAAAGACAAACAUACGGGUGAACGAAGUUUCGUCCUUCUGCAAAAGUUAUAACUUCAACCAGGAGGGUGAGCAUAUCGAGAUGGACGUAAAGAAUGACUCUCAAAGGGAGCAUACCUCAGGAGGAGUUGAUUCAAAAAAUGGUAACUCCAUAGUGGCGGAAAAAAAAGACAACCAAAGGAGUGUACCGAUGGACGCCCUCCACCUCAACACUUGCAACUGUCCAAAGAAGACAAAAAAAUUUACAUUUAUAAAAAAAAUCGCCAUCAAUGGCAGGAGCGACAGCACGUGGGGUGCCAUUUACGUAGACCUGAAGAACCCCCAUUUGUUCAAAAAUAUUUUCGUCAAACUGUUAAAAGUUAAGCGAAAAAAAAUCUCCCAUGAGAAAUGCGCCAACUUAAAUUUUAUCACUAACAACUGGGGGAGAGAAAUUAUACGAAAGAGGAGAAGGAAGAAAAGCGUUUUUUUUAAGCACGUAGAAUUGAGCACCACCGAUGAAUACGCCCUUCAGGUGGAGGUGAAUAUGCUUAGCCACUCUGCUCAGAAGCGGGUGAAACAGGACAGCUCACCGGUGUGUCUUCCUCAAAGGGGAAACGACCAAAGUGAAACCCCCUCAGAAGAACGUUCAUAUGUCCAUCCAAAUAUCCUCGUAAACGUUUUAUUAAACUUCUCCGAAGAGGUCUCCCUAGAGGAGGACACCUUCAACGAGGAUGUAGAAAGCGAAAUGAAGAAAUUUUUUGACUUUGGAAAAAUCAAUUUGGAGAAUAUAACUUUGGCUAGCCAGCCUAAACAUAUGGACAAUAUUUUUUCGCUAAAAAAUGACCUCCUAUUUCGCUAUCGAGGCAAUUAUGACGAGAUUUUUAGGCACCUCUCAAAGGUGUGUAGCGGUGACAUCCAGGGGGAUAUCCCCAGCGCCUUACCUUUGGGGGAGAAUUCUCACCCCUGUGAUGGAAAAGGAAAGAGGUACACCAAGGGGACUCCCAAUUGGGUCAACCCCCUCAGCGAUAACCACUAUGAUGACCUCCUAUGCACGAACGAAGCGGGAGAGACCCCCCCCCUGGAGCCAUCAAUAAGCAAAGAACAAUUUUUCCAGGCCCUGUCCUCCGUUUUAAAAUUAUCCAAAGAGACAUCGACCUACGUGGAGUCAAAACUUCUUCACGCGGGAAGCGGCAGGGUUGAGAGGAGCGCCUUUGCUCAGAUGCUCCAGGCGGUGGGGAGCGAAACGGCUUGCCUCAGCUUUGGCGCGCCGGAAAACGGGGACAAGCAGGAUAAGCAGGACAAGUUUGAGAAGCAGGACAAGCUGGACAAAUUUGAGAAGUACCCGUUCGCCAAGCUGGUGGACCUCCCCCCGAACGCCCACAGGGAAGAAAAAAAGCGCAAGGCGGACGACCCCACGAGCAAAGAGUUCGAAGCCUCCUUCGAUAGCUUGCUUUCCCUUUCCGCGGCCGCAAAAAAAACCAUCGAUGAUGUGAAGGCCUCCUACAAUUUGAAGAACAAAGUAGACGCAUUUAAAAUCAAAAUGGAUGCAGAACUGCAGCUCAGGGGAAACACCUUCUACUCCCUUGGAGGUAAAACUGCAAGCGCCACGAGGACCGCCGUUAGGAAGAAGCGUGCCCUUGUAGAUAAGACAAAAAAGGGCGCAUACAACCCCAAGGGGAAUGAAAAAGAAACAUUCCACGUGCAACAGAGGAUUGACCCCCCAGUUGAAAACCUGCAGGACCUCAUAAACGCCGUCAAAAGGGUAAACCCCUCCAGCCAGCUAAACGGCGCAAAGGGCAUGAAAAUGGAAAUCUCCAAAAUGAUGAAAGAGAGAAAGGCCUUCAUCGAAAAUGUAAAAAAUAGCGUAAAGACGAAGCGGUUUAAGAACCUCCCCCCAGAAGAACUGAAAGAGAUGCACCAAAAGGGAAACGAAUUAAAAUUAAACAUUUACAACCCUAAUGUUAUGCAGUAUAUCAAGACGCACUACCUCCUGCUGGACAGACUAAACGACUUGAAGGCCCUUCUGAACCCCUCCAAAUUAAAGAAAAGUAAAAUGACCACCCAUGAGAAGGAAACACUCAACGUAGAAGAAGCGGUGGCGGAUAAAAAACUAUUCAUGCAGCUAUUCCGGGAGUGCUCGGAUGUUAUUAAAAAUGAAAACCAUCUUCAGUUAAGCGAUUCCUAUAAGAACCUAUGUAAGGACGCUCAACAGAUUUUUAAUAAACUGAUGGAAGGCACACAGGGGGAAAAGAAGGAAGCUGCCCAGUGA